CUUUUUUGUUUUUUUGAUGAAGAUAAUGAAUUAUAUAGGGUAAAAGUUGGAGCAGUAUCGGAACCAUAGAAGAGAUGUCAUAAUGUAGUGGCACACUCCAUUGUCCCCAUAAGUGCAUCAAAUGGGUGGAAAUUACUGUCGUCGUCAUCAUCAUUAUUAUUAUUAUUAUUUAUAAAAAAAAUAAAUUAUUAAGAUGCAAAAUUGAAAAAUAAUUUAAAAUAAAUAAAUAAAUACAUAAAACAAAAAGAGGAAAAGCGGAGGCAGCCCCCAUUCUUUCAACUACUCUUCCCAACAGCCUUCCAUCAUCAUUUCCCUAUUUUGACCUCCACGUUCUUAGCUUACGAGCUAAACUGAUCAAAUGAAAAAAUAAAAUAAAAAACUUCAAAAAAAAAAAAAAUGUUUGAAAAACAAAAUUUAUACUUUGAUUCCCAACAAAAGUUUGCGAAGAAGAAAGCAUCCGAAGCCUAAACGAUUUAUCAAUUAAUGUGUGCAGGUUUUGUAUGUCCCCUUUUUAUGAAACUAUUUAUCAAAUAUAUAAAUAAAAUUCAAACUUUUAAAAAUGAAAUGAAAUGAAAUAGAAGAAAGAAAAAUACAAAUACUUAAUGAAAAAGAGAAAUUCCUUCCCACCAAAAAACAAAACCCUCCAACGUUCUUCUUAUUCUCAGUUUACCGUUAGUAAUGUGACCGUUUGGUCCAAAAUAAAUAAAAUAAUAUUUGAUGUUAUUAGGGAGAAAAGCGUAAUUUGGGAGUAAAGUAGGAGAAAGCAAGAAGCCACCUCUUUGCCAAACACUACGCCAAGCACAUAAACCACUUUUGUUAUUUCCAGCUGUGUCCAAAAGCGCUCUCUCCCCUCUCUUUUCUCUUAUUCCCCCAAAAUACCCCUAACCAUAGUUACCUUCCCCCACCCCUCAACCCCAGUUAACUAACUUAACCACUCUCUCUCUUUUAUUACCCUCUCCACUCUCUCUCCCUAAACCCACACUCUUCAUUUUCCUCCUCCUUCCUCUGUUCCUCUUUCACCCUUUCCCAUGGCGCCUUCCAAAUCUCUUCUCCUCUUCCUCGCCUUCGCCGCUACUGCAGCCAUCGUCUCCGCCCACAAUAUUACCGACAUGCUCAAAGACUACCCUCAGUACAGCGUUUUCAGCAAUUAUCUCCAACAAACCAGACUCGCCGACGAAAUCAACAGCCGUCAGACCAUCACCGUCCUCGUCGUCUCUAAUGGCGCUCUCUCUCCCAUCCUCGACAAACAUCCUCUCUCCGUUAUCAAAAAUAUCCUCAGUCUCCACAUCGUCCUGGACUACUACGAUCCCGCGAAACUCCACAAGAUCUCCAACGGGACCACUCUCUCCACUACGCUCUACCAAACCACAGGUCAUGCGCCUGGAAAUCUAGGUUUCGUCAACAUUACCGAUCUCCAAGGCGGUAAGGUCGCAUUCGGCUCCGCCGUACCCGGAUCUAAACUUGAAUCAAGUUACACGAAGUCGGUUGUGAGUAUGCCAUACAACAUUUCGGUUAUUGAGAUCAGCGCACCGAUUGUAGCGCAGGGGAUUUUGACAGCUCCGGCUCCCUCGGCUUCCGAUGUUAACAUAACGGCUUUGCUCGAGAAAGCUGGAUGUAAGACGUUUGCGUCGCUGAUUGUUUCUAACGGUGUGAUUAAGACUUACGAAUCCGCGGUUGAGAAAGGAUUGACUAUUUUUGCGCCGAACGAUGAGGCGUUUAAAGCCGAUGGAGUUCCAGAUCUGAGUAAGCUUACUAAUGCUGAGGUUGUUUCGCUUCUUCUAUACCAUGCUCUGCCUGGUUACACUCCAAUCGGCACAUUGAAGACGACUAAGGAUCCAAUCAAUACUCUGGCUACUGGAAGUGCCGGAAAGUUCGACAUUACCACGACUACAGCCGGAGAUGCCGUUACUCUCCACACCGGGGUUGGACCAUCGAGAAUCGCCGAUACAGUCCUGGACUCGACUCCACUCGCUAUUUUCAGCGUCGAUAGUCUGUUACUCCCAUCGGAGUUGUUUGGAAAGUCUCCUUCUCCGGCGCCAGCACCAGAGCCAGUGAGUUCGCCUUCGCCGACGCCGUCUCUUGCUCCGAGUCCAAGCCCUAGCGCGAAGGCUCCAUCUCCGUUCGCGGCGUCGCCACCUGCUCCUCCAUCCGACGCGCCGGAAGGUUCUCCAGCAAAUGCACCUACUGCGGAGGCGCAAACAAGUACUCCGGGAAGUUCCGCCGUCGGGGUGAAAGCUUCGGGUAUGGUGGUUGUUGCCGCCAUUGCUACGAGUAUUGUUUCCUCCCUUUUAUUGUCCUAAAUCGUAAUUUUCCCUCGCAUCAGCAGUUUUCUUAUUUUAGUUUUAAUUUAAUUUUAUUUAUUGUACUUUUUAUUGAUAUGAAUUUUUUUUAUGGAGUUCAUUAGUAUUUUCUGAAUACACCUUUGUAGAGAGUGAGUGAGCGACAGAGUAUGUAGUGGUGUGGCUUCCACUGUCUUUUCUUUCUUUGUUUUUGAGUAUUGAGCUGAGUUGAGCA